AUGCGCCGCUGUGAGGCUGCUGGUUAGUCUCGAGAGAGAACCUGUAAGGCACAGCGGAACUCACUCGCUCCGUAAGAAGGAUUGGUGAGCGCAACAACAACAACAUUACUACUACUCAGUGCGUGACCGAUCUCAUGAAAUGUUAGCCAAAAUUCUGGAAUACGUUUCCGAAUAGGAAGGAUUUCUUAAGUGGGAUUGUUAUACUGCGUAUCACGUAGCAUAACCCUGUAACAUUUCGCACUCGCCAGAGUGUCGGCUUUUUAAUGCACUUCUGUUUGACCUCCUACAGAAACCACGUUCGGUAAAAAAAUAGCUACUUAAGUAGCAUGCAUGUUUCCUAUUGAUUUUCCAUUGUCUUAUAAAUCCAAAUGUAUUUUUUUGGAAAACUUGCACAAAAUAUGCUUUCUUUUGCUCAUUCGGAAGAAAAUCAGGCUAGAUCGCAGUUGGUAUCCCCGAAUGGGAUUCGGACGGCGACCAUAACCCUAAUCCCAACCUUAACCCUAACCACAACCUCAACCGUUACCGUUAACCGUUAACCCUAACGGCAACCCUAACCCUAGCCGAAAUCGUAAACGUAACCGUAGUCCUUAGACAUGGGCGUAACUGAGAAGCCUAACCGUAGUACUGGGACCUAUUCAUACGCUGAAACCCUAACCGUAACCCGAAAACCGAAGCCUAAGGGCAUAACCCUAACGGGAAAUCGGAAACCAUUAACCGGUACCCUAAUCCUAACCUCAAACGUAAAACGGAAGUCAAAUGUUUCCGAUCUGACUAUAAAGGCCCACAUAAUAACUCCAGUAAACAACCCCCCCCCCGGCCACCUGUAAUGCGGGUCCGGGCUACCAACUGCGAUCUAGCCGAAAAUCACAUUGUCUUCACAUUUUAUGCCCGUAUAAAGUGUGUAUUUAGGUUUUAAAAAGUUUGCAAUUGUGAGAUUUUUAAGACUACUACUACUACUACUACUACUACUACUACUACUACUACUACUACUACUACUACUACUACUACUACUACUACUACUACUACUACUACUACUACUACUACUACUACUACUACUACUAUUACAACAACAACAACAACUACUACUACUACUACUACUACUACUACUACUACUACUACUACUGGCAGCAAUGCUGUCGAUACCACCGUCAUUAA